AUGGCGGAGACCGCCGCCGCGACUCCGCCUCCUGCUCCACCGCCAGCGACCCGCCCGAAGCUGUCGGGUGGACUGGAGCCGCUGGACGCGCGCAUCAAGGAGCUGACCUCGUCGCAGGGGGAGCUGCUGGCCAGGAUCCAGAAGCUCAAACAGGACGUGCAGAAAUGGCGCUCCGACGUUGAGGCGCAGGUCAAGACCUGCCACAACGAGCUUGUGGAGGUGAAGGAGGGCCUCGCUUCUGAAGUGCAGCACCUGAAAUCCGACAUCAAGGAAAUCAGGGCUGCUCUCCAGGAAGAGAAGGCAAGCUCAAAAACGGAGCAAGCCAGGAAGACACAAGACCAGGUACUCAAAACCGGUGAUGAACAGACGGAGCAACAAACAGCGGUGCAAGCAUGA